AUGAAGUUCGCCAUUCUCGCUCUUGCCUUCCUCGGUGCCGUCAUGGCCCAGGGAGGUCCGAAGGUGCCCGCCAAGGGUGACUUCCGAAACGAGUUCGACCACCUUUUGGUCUCCACUCUGAUGGAGGGCAUGUACAAGGGGGAACAACAUCUGCUCAGACUGAGUGAGGAAAUCGCCCACCUCGAAUCCACUAAGACCAAGGUGGAACAGGAUCGCAUCGUUCGAGAAAUAGAAGUCACCGUCGCCUUCAUUGAAGGUGGUGCCCGCGUCGUCGAACAGGAGUUGAAGCGAACCGACUUGAACAUCUUGGAGCGAUUCAACUUUGAGGAAGUGCAGGCCCUCUCCAAGCUUCUCGUCAAGGACCUGAAGGAAGCCGAGGUUAAGGUGAAGGCUGUCAAGACUCACUAA